CGUGCUUGUUUACCGUGAUGCUUGUACGUUGCGGGCGCCACUUCUCAGCGGUGAAAAUCCGUUUUCAUCACCGUUUUAGUGCAGUUAAAACUCUGUUGUGUUUUGUCUUUGAUUAGCCUCUUCGAAAGUUCUGAAGAGCAUGUGCGAGAGUUUCUACAAGUUUUCAAAGCCCAAGAAGAUCCGCGUGUGUGUGGGCACCUGGAAUGUGAACGGCGGGAAGCAGUUCCGCAGCAUAGCUUUUAAGAACCAGACCCUCACCGACUGGCUUCUUGAUGCCCCCAGGCUGGCGGGCAUCCAGGAGUUUCAAGAGAGAAGAAGUAAGCCGACAGACAUAUUUGCGAUCGGGUUUGAGGAGAUGGUGGAGCUGAAUGCCGGAAACAUUGUGAAUGCGAGCACCACGAACCAGAAGCUCUGGGCCGUGGAGCUCCAGAAGACCCUCUCCCGGGACAACAAGUACGUGCUGCUGGCCUCCGAGCAGCUGGUGGGCGUCUGCCUGUUCGUCUUCAUCCGCCCGCAGCACGCGCCCUUCAUCAGGGAUGUCGCCGUGGACACUGUGAAGACGGGAAUGGGAGGCGCCACUGGCAACAAGGGAGCGGUGGCCAUCCGCCUGCUGUUCCACACGACCAGCCUCUGCUUCGUCUGCAGCCACUUCGCCGCAGGGCAGUCCCAGGUCAAGGAGCGGAACGAGGACUUCGCGGAGAUCGUGCGGAAGCUGAGCUUCCCUAUGGGACGGAUGCUCUUUUCCCACGAUUACGUGUUCUGGUGCGGCGACUUCAACUACCGCAUCGACCUCCCUAAUGAGGAGGUGAAGGAGCUCAUCAGGCAGCAGAACUGGGACGCCCUCAUCGCAGGGGAUCAGCUGAUCAGCCAGAAGAACGCCGGGCAGAUUUUUAGAGGAUUUUUAGAAGGAAAAGUAACCUUUGCUCCGACAUAUAAAUAUGAUUUGUUUUCUGAAGACUAUGACACCAGCGAAAAGUGCCGCACCCCCGCGUGGACCGACCGCAUCCUCUGGAGGAGGAGGAAGUGGCCUUUUGAUCGAUCAGCGGAGGACUUGGACCUCCUCAACGCCAGUUUCCAAGACGGAAGCAAAAUCCUCUACACGUGGACCCCGGGCACGUUGCUGCACUACGGGCGGGCCGAGCUGAAGACCUCCGACCACAGGCCCGUGGUCGCCCUCAUCGACAUCGACAUCUUCGAGGUGGAGGCCGAGGAGAGGCAGAGCGUCUACAGGGAGGUCCUGGCCGAGCAGGGCCCGCCCGACGCCACGGUACUGGUCUCCGUCCAGAGCGCAGGGCCGGAGAGCAGCUUCUUCGAUGACACUUUGAUCGACGAGCUUCUGCAGCAGUUCGCGAAUUUUGGUGAAGUGGUUCUCAUAAGGUUUGUAGAAGAUAAAAUGUGGGUUACAUUUUUGGAGGGAAGUUCUGCCUUGAGUGUUCUGAGCCUCAGUGGUAAAGAGUUACUGGGCCGGACUAUAACGAUUACUUUGAAAAGUCCCGACUGGAUCAAGAAUUUGGAAGAAGAAAUAAGUUUAGAGAAGAUUAACGUCCCAUUGCCUUCGUCGACAAGCUCCACGCUGCUGGGCGAGGACGCGGAGGUGGCGGCAGACUUCGACCUGGAAGGGGACGUGGACGACUACAGCGCCGAGGUGGAGGAGGCUCUUCCCCAGCACCUGCAGCCGUCCCCGGGCUGCGGCCUCGGCGCGUCCCCCAGCUCUUCCCCGCGGACCAGCCCCUGCCAGUCGCCCACCAUAGCGGACGUCCCGCUGCCCUCCCUGCCCGUCAGGCCAAGCCGGACCCCGUCCAGGACUCCGGGGCAGCCGCCUCCACAGAGUGCUUUUCCCGCUUCUCCCGUGGACGCGCCGUCAGCCGCGCAGCCUCAGAAGGAUGCUCCGCAGGUCCUGGAGCCCAAGCGGCCGCCGCCUCCCCGCCCGGGGGCCCCUCCCGCUCGGCCAGCACCCCCGCAGCGACCACCUCCGCCUUCAGCACCCCAAAGCCCCGGAGCGACGCGGAGAGAAAACCUAGGCCACAGCCAGCCUUUGCCUCCAGCGGGACUCGCGGGCCCAGGACCCGCUGGACACGGCUCGCCCAGACCGACGGUCCCGGCGAUCCCGCCCCGAGCCGGGGUGAUCAGCGCCCCGCAGAGCCAGGCCCGGGUGUCCGCGGCGUCUGCUGGGAGGCCGGCUGCCGAGAGCCAGGGCAGAGCCUCCGAAGUCCCCAGAGGUUCACCUCUUCUUCCUGAACCCCUGAAGCCUCAGGCCGCCCCGCCUGGUCCAAAGAUGCAGGAGCCCCUCGUCCCGACAGCAGCCCCGCUGCCUCAGGCUGCCCCCCAGCCCGGCUUGGAGACGCCGCCCCAGCCCCCGCCGCGGAGCAGGUCCUCCCACAGCCUGCCCUCCGAGCCCUCCCCCUCGGCGCAGCCGCAGGUGAGACCCAACGGCGUCCCUGCGGUCAGACUGGAAUCACCGUCGAAGAGCGACCCGUUUGAAGACCUGUCACUUAGUCUGCUGGCCGUGUCACAGGCCCAGCCGCCCGUGCACCCCGCCCCUGUCCUCACCCGGCCCAAGGGGGUGGUCCCCCUGCCUCCUGCAACAUCGAGUAACAUCAGCAUUUUGAGUUCUGUGAGCUGCAUGCCGACACUGCCUCCACUUCUGCGGAGCCAAUCCCAGGAGAACGUGCGCUGCUCUCCGAACCCAUUUGCCCCGACCUUCCCUGGCACUGACCUCUUCGCCAGCAGGACGAACCCGUUCAGAGCCCCGUCCAGGGACGCAGAGGCGGCGGCACGGCCUGUGGAGCCUGUCCCCUGUGCUCCCCUCCCUCCUCCCGGGCCUCGGGGCCAGAGCAGCGGCAAGCCUCCUGCUCAGCCCCCCGGCUUCCAGGACAGCUCCGACCCGCAGGUCCAGGCCACAGCGAGCGCCAGCCCCCCGAGGGGGUGGGUCACCUUCGAGGAAGAGGAGGACUUUGGUGUGAGAGCCAAGUUGAAGGGCAGCUUGUCCAGACUCCCUGGGCCCUCGGGCCAGGCCCGUCCUCCGGCCCAGGCGUGACCUUUGGAGAUGACUGGGGUCAAGGGACUGGUGUUCCCACCUGUUGUGCUGCCCGCACGGAGGCCGCCCCCGCCUCCCGGUUCCUGCGCUCCCCGCAGGCCCCGCCCCUCCAGCCGACCCUUUCACCGCUCUGGCCCCGGUGGCUCCUGCUGUAGACUUCACAGAAAGAUAGCCCACAGGGGACAGCGCUCCCGUGUGCUGGGCAGAGCGAGAGAACCGGGCGUCGUUACUCAUUAUGUGCAAUAGUCCUUGUUCCUGCACUGAUGUCAAGAAAUACCACUGUGUCACGUGUACAGAGUUGGAGUAUGUGUAUAUUGGAAAUAGGGAAAACCCUUCUCAUUAUUAACUGGAGUUCUGGUGUGUUUCUGUUUGGAUAACUGAGAGCAGUAGCCAUAAAGAGUGCUCAAAACUACUCUGGGGAGUAGACCCCACUCAGAUCCUCGUGAGGCCCCCAAGAACCUCAGAAAGACUCGCAGCUCCCCGCUGGCCCGGCUCCGCCCUCCCGAGCAGUCACCAAGGAGCUGUCCGCGGGGCGGGACGCUGGACCGGACUCAGAGGCAUUGCUAGAGAGAGUGAGUGCACACAUGCGCACACACGUGUGAUGUUCGCACACACACAGGCUAACACUCACCUAAACUCUAGGGCAUGACUCAGACCAAAUCUGUAUCUAAAAGUUCUGAGAGUUCUUUUUCAAUAUUUCACUAUCAGAAGGACCGCUGCAAGUGAAAUUUGGACAUUAAUUUUCUUUCCAAAACUAAAAUAACCCUUACUCCUGAAACAGCAUUUUCUCUCCUUGCACGCGUGCGCGCACACACCUUGGCACUCCCCACUCCAGGCCCCAGGCCUUCCCUCUGGGACGGCUCCUGGCAGCUGGAAGCACGUGUCGCAGUCACUGUCCCGCACACACUCCAGCCCUUUCCAAGGAGCUGAUGGCCGUGUGUCUGCGAGGCACAGGCCAUGGUUCAGUGAGGAAUUCAGCGCCAGGUGUCCUCUCUCUCUGUACACGAAGGUGUGUGCUGCCUGCUGCCUCCUCCUCCACCCCCGUCUGCCGCUCCAGGCUUCCUCAGCAGGGAGAGCAGGGGGGAGGGGGCGCUCUGAACUGGGUCUUCCCUGAGGGGCUGGGGCCCACCGGGCGCUGCUGGAAGCUCUCCGGCGCCUCCUGGCGGUGUAUCCCCUCUCCUGCUCUGCUGCAUCCACUGACCCCGCUUCUAUUGGUUUUCUGAAGCACACGGAAUUUUUACAGAAUGUAGUAUUUUGCUCUCAUUAAGUAAUCCCAAUCAAAAUCCGUGAGCAGCCGUUUUGUUGUCAGUUUAAGCCAAAGUCAUCUGUACCCAUAAGACUUACGUUAACGCUCCUUUCUAUAGAGCGUUGUGUAUGUCCCCCGAAACCCCGCGUCCUCAUUGGACCGUCACUGAUGUGCGCGGGGGAUGGCAGGAAGCAGGGUCCCUGGUAAGAAAGUGGAAAAGCACAGGACUGCACUGCACUUCACCACAGAAAGCAAAUCCAUAGUCAGAGUACUUCUCUAGAUGCUUAAAUGCUAUCACACUCUAUUUAUAGACGUCAUCCUCUCUGUUAACGGCCAGGAACUUGAGUUUUCUAUUGUGCUUUUUGGGGUUCUAAGCAUUUCAGCAUCAGUAUAUCUUAAACGGCAGUAUUACUCUAAGCGAUAUGCUUCAAAUGUGAACUAACUUGUCCAAACGGUGGCUUUAGCUUCUGUGUGAUUAGUGUGUGGUAUUUGCUCUUUAUUAGACAAACAGUUCCUUACCGUGAGCAGUCUCCCGGUGAACCUGAACUACUGCCUGAAACACACAUGCCGUGCGGCACCGUGGCCUUUAUCGGAAACUCUAUUCGGCAAGUUGCUGAAAGUGCACAAAGCUAUGGAAGUUAAAGGUACGCUGCCAAUAACUGGCCAUUAUUCUGUGUCUUACUGAAAUAUCUACCAGUUCUAUUAAAAGCAGAGCAGAAUUU